CCGCCUGCUGAAGUCAGCCUAUGCGCGUUCACGUGCCGUAGAUUAGAAGCGAAUGCGGCUCUGCAAGGAGGCAGACCCCGAGACUUCAGCCCCCCUUUUCAACUCGAAAAUAACACUUAUUUAGUUCCUUACCAGCGUCUUCUGAGGAAUAACAUUCAGUGCUGAAUCUGUAGGAUGCAGGGACUGUCUGGCUGGUAGAUGCCUGCAGGCUGUCAAUGUGUGGUGUUCCUGGAGACAGUCUUUAAGAAGAAGUGUUUGGGGUGAGCUGCUGACCACCCGGCAAGCCGGACCCGGUGUCCUAUCUCUGAUCUCCUGCCAAGGAGAUAGCAGUUGCUGCACACUCUACACCUGAUCCCCAUCCCCAUCACUAUGGUGCUGUCACAGAGACAACGUGAGGAGCUAAACCGAGCGAUAGCUGAUUACCUUCGUUCCAACGGAUAUGAAGAGGCAUAUUCAGUUUUCAAAAAGGAGGCGGAAUUAGACGUGAAUGAAGAAUUGGAUAAGAAGUAUGCAGGUCUUUUGGAAAAGAAAUGGACCUCUGUCAUCAGAUUACAGAAAAAGGUGAUGGAAUUAGAAUCAAAACUGAAUGAGGCAAAAGAGGAGAUUAAUAUUGGUGGGCCAAUUGGACAGAAGCGAGACCCCAAGGAAUGGAUUCCCCGUCCUCCUGAGAGAUACGCCCUGAGCGGCCACAGGAGUCCGGUCACCAGAGUCAUUUUCCAUCCUGUUUUCAGCGUCAUAGUCUCUGCCUCAGAGGAUGCAACAAUAAAGGUAUGGGACUAUGAAACGGGUGACUUUGAGCGGACCCUCAAGGGCCACACAGACUCGGUGCAGGACAUUUCCUUUGACCAUACUGGAAAGCUUCUAGCCUCCUGUUCAGCAGACAUGACUAUUAAGCUCUGGGACUUCCAGGGCUUUGAGUGUAUCAGGACCAUGCACGGGCAUGACCAUAAUGUUUCAUCUGUAGCUAUUAUGCCCAAUGGAGAUCACAUAGUUUCUGCCUCAAGGGAUAAAACCAUUAAAAUGUGGGAGGUGGCCACUGGGUACUGUGUCAAAACAUUCACCGGCCACAGAGAGUGGGUGCGCAUGGUGCGACCCAACCAAGACGGGACCCUGAUCGCCAGUAGUUCUAAUGACCAGACAGUGCGCGUUUGGGUGGUGGCCACAAAAGAAUGCAAGGCGGAGCUGCGUGAGCAUGAGCAUGUUGUGGAGUGCAUUUCUUGGGCCCCUGAAAGUGCCCAUCCCACCAUCUUAGAGGCGACUGGCUCGGAGACCAAGAAGAGCGGGAAACCUGGUCCUUUCCUGUUGUCUGGUUCCAGAGACAAGACUAUCAAGAUGUGGGAUGUGAGCACUGGCAUGUGCCUUAUGACACUGGUUGGCCAUGAUAACUGGGUGCGUGGAGUUCUUGUGCACCCUGGAGGAAAGUUCAUUGUGAGCUGUGCCGAUGACAAGACUUUGAGGAUCUGGGACUACAAAAACAAGCGCUGCAUGAAGACCUUGAGUGCCCAUGAACAUUUUGUUACCUCUCUGGAUUUCCACAAGUCGGCUCCAUACGUCAUCACUGGGAGUGUAGAUCAAACAGUAAAAGUGUGGGAGUGUCGCUGAUCAUACCCGCAGGACCCUUCACAACACAUCCUGCUCCCCUCCACCCCCCGGACCCAUUCCACUUCCCCCUCAGCUUCCUCCUGCUCUUCUGGAUGCACUCGAUCACCACGUUUAUCACCCACUGAGCUCCAGUUCAAUAACGUGUCCUUUUAUGUAAAUUAUUCUGGAUGUAGAUCGAGCUAUUAAAUGAAAAAAAAAAAGUAUUCUUGCAUGGUGAAUCCAAAACUGUAUACUGUAAAUUUACAUAAUGUUGUCUAGAAGUACCAUAGGUUUAACACAGGCUGAUCUUUCACUCAGCCUGACCUACUGAAGACAGAAGCUGACUGGGUUAAAUGUAGGGCACUAAACUGAUAAUUUAAUGACAGUGUCUGAUUUAUUUUGUCAAUAUUUUUUUAUUUUAUUAAGUUUUUUUUUUUUCUUCCACUGUCUUAGUCUGUUUGUGCCUAGCUUGGAGACCUUUCAAGGGGCAAAGGCUACAGAACCAACCUAUAAUGCUGAGGUGGAGACUAGAUCUGAUCGUCUAUGGGGCUUGUUAUCGGAGUUAUUCUGUAGCUUUUUUACAUCACUUCUGGAGUGUACUUACCAUUCUCUUCUUGUGGAUUUAGAUAACAUUUAAUGGUUGCAUCUAAGAAAGUUUCAUGUGUUUUUGUAUGGAAAACUUUGGGGAAUAAAUCUUUGUACGCUUGUCGUGACACGUCCUACUGAGAAAUACAAUCCCAGAGACAUGACUUUCCACUGUAAGAGAGAAUUGUGCUUAAUUAUAGGAGUGAAUUUGUACGAAACUCCUGCAUCCAAAAAGCCAUGCUGAAUAGUGGGCGGCAAGAGUAUUUAUUUUUCUUUUUUGCCCUGUAUCAGAGAUAGCUUUAGUUAAGAUUUUGAUUUUGACCUCAGUGGUCAGUUGAGUGUCAUUUAGGAGCACUUCAAACUUACAAGCACCAUAACCAUUGCCUUUACGAAGCACUUGAUUUGGCCCUUGACGUUUGUUGUUAAAGUCACAUUCUAAUGAAGACAUACUGAUUAUUCCUUUGUUGUUUAAUGAUCUUGUUGCCCCUAUAGCAGUUGCACUGAGAUUUGAGUACACAAAAGACAUUUGAUGCAGAAAUUUCAACCUUCAGUUUGGACCUUUGGUGCAAAGCAUGACAAGGGCUCAAAGUUUCCUCUCAUCAGGGGGAUGUGCAAAAAUCUGUCCUAAAAGAAUGGGUGCAAAGAUUUCCAUGGUGAAAAAAAAUGGAACGAUGAGCUUAUGAUUAAAUAAAUCUACACUCAAUACUGUAGGAAGCUCAGUCUUAUAAUAAACCAGCGAGUUGUGGAGCUAGAAAACUAAUGAUAUGCCUGCUCUCUCUGUGGAGAGCCUUAAUGGUGACUCCAAUUGUAAAGGGAUCUUCAAACUGCACCACAGCUGCAUAUCCCUAAAAUAACCACAGGUGCUCAAGCCAUUACUGUGGUAUGGCGAGUGGCACAUUCUCUGAUAUAGCUCUUAAUAAAUUUACAAAUAAAUACACAAUGGGAAAUGAUUUGAUAAAACCUUAAACAUGGAGAUAAACCAUUCCAUAUCUUUUAAGGAGAAAAUAUGCCUUUUGUCUUUGUGCAAAGACAAAUGAAAUUCUGUUAAAUUGCACAUCCCUGCUAUUGUUCGAUCUUUGGUCAAAUCAGACUGAAGGUUUAUAUGAUGUAAGACUUCAAAAUGCAUAAACCGAUAUAAUUUUAAUUAGCCUUUUCAUUCCAAUGCAAUUAUAUAAUAAAGAAUUCACUGCUUAA